AUGGUUGUACCCCAGGGUGGUGAAUUUAAAUUGACAUGUAGAGCUGUUGGAGUUCCCGACCCCUAUAUUAAUUGGCGUUUGAAUUGGCAAGAUGUUUGUGAACCUCCUAGAUGCCAGCAAGUUUCUGAGGGUGGUGUUGGCACUCUUACAGUUCAGAAUGCCCAGCCAUUAGACCAAGGUGCCUACACUUGCGAAGCUAUAAACGUCAAAGGCCGAGUACUAGCAACUCCAGACUGUAUCGUUCGUAUAGUCUCUAUACCAGCACCAGAACCCCCUCCAGAAUCACGUGCUCCAAAACCAGAACAGAGAACCUGUUCUAGUCCAACAACUUAUCAAGCACCUCAGGGCUGUCUUCGCUGCUUUUGUUUUGGAGUUACUGAUCGUUGUCGUUCUAGUAUGCUUUUCAGAACAAAGGUAGGCGCUUUAAGUUUUUAA